AUGGCCAUUUAUUUUUCACCUAAAAAUUUUGUUCUAUUAAAUAAGAGUGGAAUAAAAUGUGUAAAAAAUGCAAAGUCAACUUUCGAUGGAGGUAUAGCCCUACAGAAAAGUUCAGAACCAGAAGACAUGGUAACUAAAGAUGAUAUCUCAAUGCCAAGUCCAGCUUCAAACGAAGAGAAACAGGGACGUCCUAAAACUACUGAUAAAGGUUCUGCUAUGUUUAGUCAACACUUUGAAAGAACGAGACCUUCAGAUUAUGCUAAUGUAAAAUCAGCUUUUAUGGAGGACGAAAUCGUGGUAAAAAUUAAAGGAACGUGUGGCGCAGAAAUAGGAGUAUUCUUCGUUCCUCCCAUUUUUACUUAUUCUCAAACGAAUAAUAAUUGCAUUGAAGUUAUAUCAGAUUUAAUAGAAACAGACAAAAGAGUCUUUUUUGAUAAACAUAAAUUCCAAAAUAAGUGUAACGAAAGUAAAAUUAAACAGUUUAAAAUUGUGGAUUACAUUAAAGACAAUAUGCUGAAGCUUCAGUGGAAGGUAUAUCCCACCAAGGACACGCAAAGUGAAGCCAACAAAGAGAAUAUUAACUUAUUUAGGAUACCCUUCCUAGGUAAUUAUAUACCUACCCUUCAUGUUCCUUCAUGGGUAGGAAAUGAUCAUUUCUACCUCUUAGGAAGUAAAAAUUGCAGUGUCGAAAGUGACAUUUCGGAUUCGUUAGAAACAGAUGACAGUACUUCUAAAAUUUUCAUGAGAAUGGAUAAAAAUGCUGGAAAAUGGCACACUCGCUCCUUAGGAGUAAUUGAAGACUCUCCCCUCGAUGAAUAUGAUGACUAUUUUGCACAGGAAAAUGACACGGAAGAUGAUAUAACCAUUGAACAAAUGAAAAGUGAUGAAGAAUCUAAUGAAAAUAAAAUGAAAAAAAUCAUCAGUUGUAUAUUGAAAGGAAUUUACAAGACUGAUCAAAAUGGAAAUAAGAAACUAAUUACACUGGAAGAUUUAGAAGAAGAUUUGAAAGAGAAGUUAAUAAUAUAUUGUCAACUACUCAAAAAGCUAGACACAAGUGGAACUUUAGAAAAUCAUGAGUUAGGAAGUGCAAUAGAUAUAUUUAAUAAUCUUACUAAAUUCUUGCAAAAACAUGAAAAUGAAAGUAAUUAUAAUUUACUACGAAAGUUGAGAAACCCAGCAAUGUGUAUGAAAAAUGUAAGCGAAUGGAUUACACACAGGAGGGGGUUAGUAUUGCCAGAUUCGUCAUGUAGUAACACAAAUGAGAAUGACACAAUUUUUGAAACAAACUCCAACUGGGUAAAUUAUGUAAAUGAUAACAUUAGAAAUGUUAGCUACAAUGUGUACAAAGGAGAGGAUGAUGGAAUGACUGAUGUGGAUAAUUUAAAAAUGAUGAAUAGAAAAUUCUUCAAUUCUAGUGAUAAUGUUGAUUGUAACAAUGAGCAUUCUGAUGAACCGAAUGAUAAAAAUGGUUGUGUAUCUAAAAUUGAUGUGGAAGAAUGA